UAUUGGCGGCAAAGGCGAAGUAAAGAUAACCGAAACAAGAGAAAUUAGCUAUGCGUUUCGCGGCUCGCGGUGUGUCGAGUGUGUCUAAAAUCUUGUGACCAUUAUCGAGACUUCGGAAACAUUUCAACACCUGGAGACCAUUCGAAAACCAUCAGAACAUUCAAAUCAAGACGGAAACAACAUUUCGCCAAAGUUUUCCUAGUUUGAUCGUAUUGCUUCAACUCAGUUGCUCACAAUGGAUGAUACAGAUUUUGAUCAUAAAGCUAGAGAAAUACAACGAGAAUAUUUGGAGUUCUUAGAUGACGAAGAAGGUGAAGAUCUUUACCAUGGCAAAGUUAAAUCAAUGAUAGAUGACGGACGUAUUAGAAUAACCGUUAAUGUUAACGAUUUACGUGCCAAAAAUCCAAAAAGAACAAUUGAACUGCUGAAAACAGGAUUUCCGGAGCAAAUUGCGUUUCAAAAAGCUCUUUACGAAUACGUUAGUAGUCUGAAUACGAAGUACGCUUCUGACCAUGAAGAAUUCUUCAUAUCUUUCGAAGGCAGCUUUGGUAACAGACAUGUUACCCCAAGAACAUUAACUUCGCGAUAUUUAGGAAAUAUGGUCUGCUUAGAAGGAAUCGUAACUAAAUGUUCGAUGGUAUUUCCUAAAGUUGUUAAAAGUGUACAUUACUGUCCUGCCACUGGUAAAACGAUGGAUAGACGUUAUACUGAUCUUACUUCAUUCGAUGCGUUUCCUUCUUCCAGUGUGUAUCCUACCAAGGACGAUGAUGGAAAUAUUUUGGAAACCGAGUACGGUUUGUCGACGUACAAAGACCAUCAAACUUUGACCGUUCAAGAAAUGCCUGAGAAGUCGCCGGCGGGACAACUACCUCGUUCGGUCGAUAUAGUCUGUGAUAACGACUUGGUUGAUACGUGUAAACCAGGCGAUCGAGUUCAAAUUGUGGGUACUUAUCGUUGUCUGCCUGGAAAGCAAGGAAGUUUUACAUCUGGUUCCUUUAGAACUGUUCUUAUUGCCAAUCACAUUACAUUGUUGAGUUCGGAAGCUGGUACAGUUCAGUUGACCAAAACUGAUGUUAGAAAUUGCAGACAGUUAGCGAAAAAUAAAAAUAUGUUCGAAUUACUCAGUAAAUCAUUGGCUCCGUCGAUUCAUGGCCACGAAUACGUCAAAAAAGCAAUACUUUGUAUGUUGCUCGGUGGCUGCGAAAAAGUUUUGCCGAAUGGUACUAGGCUUAGAGGAGAUAUAAAUAUAUUGCUGAUUGGAGAUCCUAGUGUGGCGAAAUCUCAACUGCUACGAUAUGUAUUAUGUACAGCUCCGAGAGCUAUUCCAACUACUGGUCGUGGCAGUUCCGGUGUCGGUUUAACGGCUGCAGUAACUACAGAUUCAGAAACUGGUGAAAGAAGAUUAGAAGCUGGAGCUAUGGUACUAGCCGAUCGAGGAGUUGUAUGUAUUGAUGAAUUUGAUAAAAUGUCUGACAUGGAUAGAACUGCCAUUCACGAAGUUAUGGAACAAGGCCGAGUCACUAUAUCCAAAGCCGGAAUUCACGCUAGACUGAAUGCCAGAUGUUCUGUUUUAGCUGCUGCCAAUCCUGUUUAUGGAAAAUAUAAUCCUUAUGAACCACCUAUGAAAAAUAUCGGGCUGCAAGAUUCGUUAUUAUCGAGAUUCGACUUAUUAUUCGUUAUGCUGGAUCAAGUCGAUAAAGAAACUGAUGAAAGAAUCUCCGACCAUGUCGUACGAAUGCACAGAUUCAGAAAAGCUGGCGAACAAGACGGUGCAGUAUUGAGUUUCGGUAACGCUGUGGACAUGUUGAGCACACAAAACGUAGAAGAACUAACUCUUGAGGAACAAACGGCGCCUAUUUACGAAAAAUAUGACGCUUUGUUGCACGGCUCAACGAGAAGUCGUUCCGAUAAAUACCUGACCGUUCAGUUCAUGAAAAAAUAUAUCAGUUUUUCGAUUAAGUUCUUGAAGCCGAAGUUGACUGUAGAUGCAUCUGAGAAAAUUGCAGAAGCUUAUACGAGAUUACGUAGUGAAGAUGAUAGACCUAAUGAUACUGCUCGAACUCAACCGGUAACUGUGAGAACCCUAGAAACACUUAUUCGUUUAGCCACAGCUCACGCUAAAGCGAGAUUGUCCCGUUCGAUCGAUGCCGAAGAUGCGGAAGCUGCUAUUGAAUUAGUCGAUUAUGCAUACUUCAAAAAAGUUGAGCCUAAACCUCAGAAAAAGAAACGCCGUAAUGAUGACUCCGAAGUUCAAGAAGGAUCUAUUGCUGGUACCGAUGACGAAGAAGAUGUCCAUGCGGUUAUCACUGCUGAUACGAAUGGUGACGAGGGUGGCAGACCCCGUAAAAGGAAUCGAACCGAUAGAGACGUAUACGAUUUUGAUGAAGGCUCAGCUGGCACUGAUUCUCGAAGUAUGGAAUUGGAAAUGUCCGCUGGCGGAUCUCAGCGCCAGGCACCGGAUGAAAUAACAUUACCACCUCCAACAUCCAUCUCGACUGAUAGAUUGCAAAGAUUCCAAGAUUUACUAUCAACACUAUUCGAUAGAGAAAAGGCCGCUGUUUUAUCCAUCGGUAAGGUCAUCGAGCAGAUAAAUUCAAAUUUGGCCGCUCAUGAAAAAGCCUAUGAAGGUGGAGAACUUGCCGCCGCAAUUGAACGCUUAACAACGAUGAACAAAGUACUAUUAACAGGUGGAACUUUAUUCAAAGUUUAAUCUAUAUGAAGUGGAUAAGUAUGUGAGUAGAUUAUGAUUUGCUUACCUGAUUUUGAUUUCCGUUUCAUUUUCUUGGUCAUACUGUUUUCAACCAUUUUAUUAGAAUUUUGUCGAUUUAUCAAAAAAUAUUUGCAAUAGAGCAAGUGUAUGGAUUUUAAUUUUUUUCUUACCCAACCGACAUUGACUUUUUUAAAUACAGUGGAAAUCGCUUACAACGAGAUUGAAGGGACCGGACAUUUUGCUCGUUGUAUCCGGUCUCUCGUUCUAAAAGGUAUUACAUUUAUAACGAGUAUCUUGUAAUAACCGAGUAUAAGAGCUUCUCGUUAUAAAUGAUACUCGUAACACAUGUAGCCAAAAAAAAUGUCAAUUUUAUUGCUAUUUUUGACUUGUAAAAUCGAUUGGAAACGGUUUCAACUCGUAUUGAGCAGUUUUAGAACCUUCAGCAGCUUUUCAGAAAGUUCUGUUCUUCAAAAAAAUGCCACAAAAUCUGUCUGAAUUUCAAAAUUUUAUCAAAUUAAUUUAUAAAGCUGAAAUUUGGGAUUUAAUGAAUGUUUUCUGCAUGAACACUCGUUAUAAGCGGAAGAAAAAACACUAAAAUGAACCAAAUUUCAAGAAUUUCAGCUCGUACUAUCCGAAUUCCUCGUUAUAAAUGAGCUCGUUCUAACAGGUACCAUUUUGUACAUGUUUAAAUGGCGUUGUACUCGGGACCAAGCAUUUUCCUUGUUGUAUCCGAAAUCUCGUACUAACCGAUCUCAUUAUAAGCGAUUUCCACUGUACCUAAUACUCCUCAGAUUUACAAAAUUUGUCAAUAUCGAUUUACGAAAGCGGCGAGUUCGCAUUUAAUUAACAAAAAAAAAUUGCUCAUUAGGUACUUCAAUCUCUACGUCAAUUCUAUUAGAGUCCUAAUCAAAGUGAAUAAAUUAAUUUCAAUUAAUGUACUUAAGUAUCAUUUUUUGGAAUUCUGAAAAUACCACCCAUCAAUGAUCAAAAUGAAAUUAUUGAGCUGCUUCAUAAUCAAAAAGAAGGAGAUACUUACUCGCGAAGUUGCUUAAAAACUUAUCACAAUCAUUUUAUUGGAAGUAUCACUUUCCAAAAACUGAUGGAAUACAAGAGAUGCCUAUCAUAAUAUCAAUCAUGUAUAAUUUUAAUUGAAAGAGCUGUGAGACUUUUUAAUAACACAAUUUUAUUUAUUUAGACUACUUUUUUAUGUCUUUUUUUUUUUUUUAAUAAAUCGUGUUCUUAAUGAAAA